CAGCAACGUGCUGCUGCCGGAGAGGAAAGGAUUGAGUAUAGCAGUUCCAUCUAUCAUGAAAUGAUGUCAACCUAUGCGUCACACGGUGCACCAGAGAAGGCAGAAGAAAUGUUGGACGAACUUUGCCAAACUGUUUUGGAUGGCACUACUGACAAUAACCAAAGCAACCUGGAGGUCAACAGCAGGUCUAUGAACAUGGUCUUAUCCGCGUGGGCAAGGGCCAACAAUCCAGACCGGGCCGAAGCCAUUUUGAAGCGUAUGAUUGACUACCGUGAUCGCGGUCUGUCUGGAAUGGCUCCAAUCGCCAUGAACUACAUGCGUGUGAUUGAGUGUUGGAAUCGAUCCAGUAGCAGCAACCCAUUGGCAGGGGAACGAGCUGACGAUCUUUUGAAGCUAAUGGAGAACGAUGCGCAACGAAAGUCCAAGACUCACAUGUUCCUGGCCAAUAAAGGAUUGUACUUGGCGGUCAUGAAACGAUUGGCCCAGUUUGGAUCCGGAGAGCGUGCCGGGGAGUUGCUUCGCCGUGUACAAAGCCUCUUUGAGGACGAGAAAUCGAACACGGCCAUUGAUCAAUUCCUGUACCGUGAAGCAAUUUUGGCAUGGAAGAAUUCCACGUCUCCAAAUGCCGCAGCACGUAGCGAGGUGUUGGAACAGGAGCUGUUGCAACGUUUCUUCUCGUCACAGCGAAGCAGCAAUUGA